CGUUUAAAUUUUUUAAUCUGUCAAAUAUAACCAUUGACCUUUGAAACCACAAAAUAGUGAUAAAGCAAAUCGAUAGAGCAACGAAGCCCAUGACGGAACAAACCGAACUGUUCACAAACAAUAUUCGUGUGAUUUAUGCAUUAGUAUGACCGUGUUUAAAAUAUUCUUUUGACAGAAGUCAUUUUGAACGUGUCAAGUGAGUACACUCAAAAUUAACGAGCCCAAUUGAACUUUGAAACUGAAAGAAAUUGAAAGAGAGACGAAAUAACAAUUUUUUUAAUUAUCUAAAUAGAUAUAAAAUUAAAUAGAAGUGAAUUAGAGUAAAACAUGAACAUGUCUUCGGCAAAAUAUGUGAUGGGCAAUUCGAAAUUAUUAUUUGGCUCAGUGCGCGUAAACUGUUUAUCAUUGGUGCAAUUGCAACGACGCUCAGCAAGUAGCACACAACCUGAAUUGAGUGCAUUGCUAAAGAAGACACCUUUAUACGAUUUGCAUGAGCAAUAUAAAGGAAAAUUAGUUGAUUUUGCGGGAUUUUUGCUGCCGGUGCAAUAUGGAAAUUUCAGCAUUACGGCAUCACAUUUGCAUACUAGACAACAUGCAUCCAUAUUCGAUGUUUCUCAUAUGUUGCAAACAUAUGUUCGAGGCAAAGAUUCCGUAGAAUGUUUUGAAUCCAUUUGUACGGCGGAUAUCAAAGGACUCGAGCCAAAUUCCGGCACUCUGACCAUAUUUACAAAUGCAAACGGUGGUAUUUUAGAUGAUUUGAUUGUGACCAAAGUGUCUAAUGAUUUGCUUUAUGUUGUAUCAAAUGCGGCUUGCCGAAAGCAAGACAUGACGAUAAUGCAGGAAAGUGUGGAAAGAUUUACUAAGCUCGGCAAAGACGUUUCUAUUGAAUUCCUUGACAGUGAUGUGCGUGCAUUGAUUGCUUUACAAGGGCCACAUGCUGUAGCUGCACUUGAAGAUAUAUCUUCCCUUUCACUUCGCGAUUUGUAUUUUAUGCAAACCAGAGUUGCCAACGUUGCUGGAGUGGAUGGGUGCCGAGUCACACGUUGCGGAUACACAGGUGAAGAUGGCGUAGAGAUAUCAAUUCCCGGAGAAAAAGCGACGCUAGUAGUAGAAGCAUUACUGAACUCAACACAUGCCAAAGUGCAAUUGGCUGGAUUGGGUGCACGAGAUUCAUUGCGACUUGAAGCUGGACUUUGUUUGUAUGGAAAUGAUAUUGAUCAACAAACAACACCUAUUGAAGCUGGUCUUGCGUGGCUUGUUGCCAAACGACGUCGUUCUGAAGCAAAUUUUCCAGGGGCAGAUAUUAUUUUGAGUCACCUAAAAAAUGGUUGUGAACGUCGACGUGUUGGUAUACGAUUGGAAAGGGGCCCAGCAGCUCGACACGGUGUACAAAUUCUGGACAAUGGAAAGCAAAUCGGGGUAGUAACGAGUGGAUGUCCAAGUCCAAGUCUCGGACUAAAUGUAGCAAUGGGAUAUGUGGCUAACGAUUAUAAAGCCGUCGGUACUCAAGUCCAUUUGAAGAUUCGUGACAAAAUAUUCAAAGCCACCGUUACGAAAAUGCCAUUCACUCCAGCUCAUUACUACAAUAAACCAAAAUGAAACAAACAUCAAUAUGACUACGAAUCAAUAGUCUCAUUUCAAUUGGGAUCUGUUUUAUAUGGGCAAUCUGUGUGUAUUUUAAAACUGAUCAAUAAAUCGUUAACAAAGAAACAACGCA